AUGCCUGUGCUGAAGUCCCCGAAAUACACCGACCACCCGGCGGAACACCUCUCGAAGCUGGUGCCGGAGGAAACGAAGGCCCACUUGUUGAAGACCCCCAAGCAGUUGCUGAUUGAAAACCCCAUCUACGCGGAACGGCUAGCCUCGCUGAGAAACCACUACAACUACUCGUACCUCGUGCAGUGGAUCUACCUACUGAAGCACGUGAUCAAGUUGUCCGACGCGUUUGACGUGGAGAACCUCGAGGAGGAGCUUCUCGGCAUCGCUCCUCCGGUGUUUUUGAACAGUCUCAAGACGAAGUUGAUCCAGUUCUUGAAGAACGAGAAGCUGCAGAACAUCGACAUGGAGUUUGACUUCUUUGUCGAUCAAAUCUACCAGGACUACAAUCUGAUCGAGCUGAACGAGGAGCAGAUCAAAAACGAGGAAAAUGGCGACGUGGACGACACCCCGUUGAUCACGUACUCGAAACUCCCGCUCUUGGAGCAGAUCGACGUACUCUACAACUUGGCGAAGUUGUCCAACACCAAGAGCUACGCCAACUUCCGGAAGGUUGUCGACAAGUUCGAGAAGCCGCAGCUCAGCUUAAAGAUCCACCCCAUCUACACGAUCGACAAGCAAAACACCAGAGACGAGUACAUCAUUCUGCAGGACGCCAGGCUCUAUUUGAGGAGAUGGGAGUACACUGACCUCUCGUUGCCGGCGAAACGGUCCGAGUACGAUAGCAAAGUCAAGAACCCGUACGAGGACUUGCAGCCUUUAGAGCCUGCAAUGAUCCAUUGGGAGUGUUUGACAGCAGGAAUCUACCAGUACGACGACAUGAUCAAGGAGCUCAAGAAAUCGUUCGGCAAGAAAACUUCUUCCGACGAGUACGCCUUGAGCAAGCAGUUGGAGGAGAACAUUGACUUCAUAGUGCAGCACGACUUGAAGAAGCGCAAGCAGGGUGCGCAGAGGAAACGGGAGAUAGAGAUGCAGAUGCUCAUGGCAAACAGAAAGAGGUCGUCGAGAUUGGAAGAAAAGGAGAAGAGGAAGAAGGAGGAGGAGGAAGAGAGAAUGAAAGAGUUUGAAAUAAUCAAGCAGCAGGCUGCCGAGAUGCGUGCCGCAAAGAGGCAGAAGCUCAAGGAAUCGAUGUAUGCUACUUCAAACGACUCCAAUCAUAUGUCCAGAGAGGAAAGGCUGAAAAAGAGACAAGAAAUCACGAGUUCCUCCGCAAUACCAGCAGAGAAAACCACUCAGAAUGCAGAUGACUCCAUAAUAGAGGUGAAAAACCCGCCUAUUCUAGAUGUACAGGAGACAACUACUUCUGUAGCAUCUUCUCAGGCCCAAGUGCCGCCACAAACAACUACAGCAGAAAUCCUUCCAGUGGCCCGAGAGGAACAACGCCCAAUAAUCCCAGAAAAAGCAAUAAACCCUGCUUCAGAAUCGGCUUCUCCUCCUGCUGCUCCAAAGACAAUUCUUGUUACUGAAACCUCUACUGUCGCAGGCAAUACUGAAAACACAGCUCUUCCAAACGUGUUUGAUCCAUCCGUGUGA